CUCGUCGAAGAGUCAAGCUCGCCGGCCCGGUCGACCGAGCGAAUGACGGGCGCCGCGGAGGACGAGAGGGCGAGUUCGCCGUUCUACGGCCGGCUGAUGAGGAGCGACACGCUCGAGAAGCACAAGCUGUGGGAGAGCUACAUCAAUGCUCUGCUGGCUGAUCUGCAGAAUACCGUGUCGCCGGACACGAGUCUGAUAGGUAACAGCGGAAGUACACCUGGCUAUGGAUCUCUGAACGGGACACGAGGACACAACGUGCAAGCUCCCGCUGUCACAUCCUCAUCAUCGGCGGCUUACAGGCCUUACGAGAAUCAUUGCGCUGCUCAGCCUCUUAGAUCGCAAUCGCCUACGUACCAGAACCGAGAGGCAAUCGAAGAGUCCUUAGCUAGAUCGGGAAGUGGCGGUGGCGGUGUCGGUAGCAGCCCCAGUCAAUACAGACAAGGUGGAUCGGCAUCGAAAAUGCCAUCCCUGAACAACAAUCUCUCGGAGCUGGACACGCUUCUGCAAGAUCUGAGCAACGCCAGAUACAACUCGCACGUUGCCGACAGAGACAUAAGAACGACAAACGGCGGCACGUCAAGUCCAAUGAUGCGCUCGACAAGCAGUCUGUCCGGCGGUGCGCGGCCGACAGUCGACAGUUUGCUAGAGGAACUGAGCUCGGGAAUGCCGAACGGCGAAUAUCCCGAUGGACAAAGAGUGAGGGUAACGAUAGAAGAAACAACGACGGACAUGGGCUCCGCUGACUCGUACUACCCUUUAACCCAUCAAGGAUCGCUCAACAGGCAUGACAUUGAACGAGGAUACAACGUAACCAGCAACGGACACACGGCUAGCAAUGCCACCAAGGAAUUGGACGAUCUUAUGGCUUCGCUCUCGGAGUUUAAGAUCAACGGCAGCAAUCACCAGCGACAGACGGUCAGCGACUCGGCUUACGCCAAGCCCAACAAGGCCGCGCUAGCACUCGGCAGCAGCAGCAGCAGCAGCAGCAGCAAGCCCCACAGUCCGCUUCCAGCCGGCGAAGCGCAGUACUCGAGCAGCAGCAGCAGGCUCCAGCUCAGCGAGACUCGCAGCACGCUCCACUACCAGCCCAACCAGUACGAGAGCUACGUGCAAACCGCCCAGUCGGUCACGCAACUCAAGCAGAACCAGCUGGACUCUAUGCUUGGUAACCUCCAGGCAGACAUGAGCCGCCAAGGUGUCAAUACCACCCAGAAGGGAUGCUGCAGCGCCUGCGAGAAGCCCAUCGUCGGACAGGUGAUCACCGCCCUCGGCAAGACCUGGCAUCCGGAGCACUUCACCUGUACGCACUGCCGGGAAGAGCUGGGCACGCGCAACUUCUUCGAGCGCGAGGCCAAGCCCUACUGCGAGACCGACUAUCACAACUUGUUCUCGCCGCGCUGCGCCUACUGCAACGGGCCCAUCCUCGACAAAUGCGUGACAGCCUUGGACAAGACCUGGCACACCGAGCACUUCUUCUGCGCACAGUGCGGCAAGCAGUUCGGUGAGGACGGCUUCCACGAGCGCGACGGCAAACCAUAUUGUCGCGAGGAUUAUUUUGACAUGUUCGCCCCCAAGUGCGGCGGCUGCAACCGCGCCAUCAUGGAGAACUACAUAUCGGCGCUUAACAGCCAGUGGCAUCCUGACUGCUUCGUCUGCAGGGACUGCCGACAAAAGUUCCAAGGUGGCUCGUUCUUCGAUCAUGAAGGUCAACCUUACUGCGAGACGCAUUAUCACGCAAAGAGGGGAUCGUUGUGUGCUGGAUGUCACAAACCUAUUACAGGUCGCUGCAUAACUGCGAUGUUCCGCAAAUUCCAUCCUGAGCACUUCGUCUGUGCGUUCUGCUUGAAACAGCUUAACAAAGGAACUUUCAAGGAGCAGAACGACAAACCAUACUGUCACGGUUGCUUCGAGAAGCUCUUCGGUUGAAGGAUACUGUAUCCCAGACAACAAUCGAACCAAGAAAAAUUUGAAGUCGGAGCUGAUACCUUCGAUUUUUGAGGCAGAACAAUAAUCAAAGAUAAAAAAGAGAAGCAAGAAGAGCACUAUUGUUUUAAUCAUGUUAACUUAAAGCCAAAAUGGUUUUGGAAGUUUGGAAAUUCAUGUAUGAGAGAAAAGCAGUUUAUUUUUAUUCGCCGGACAACCGAAUUGUCUUACAACUGUCCGAUAUUUUCGUGAAGUUACGCAGUCUAAUAAUUCAUACUUCAACUUUUUCUACCAUUCAGAAAGCAAUUUGCGACUCAACAUUGAACAAUUAUCCGUCUAUAUAAUUUUUGUACAACUCAUCUGAAUUUUCCUACGAUAAAGCCAUCCUAUUCUAUCUGAUAGGUAAUUGUUAUAAGCGUUUGUUAGUUCUUAUACGCAGUCAUAAUUACAAACUUAAAUAAGUUAGGAAUGAAGUCGUAUUUUAUAGUGAGUUGAGAAAGGUCAUAAAGCUAUGUCGCGCCUUUAAGUGCGCCCCGGGUAAAUCUAUACGUAAUGUAGAAAGAAACGUUCUUCAAUCAAUGUCAACAUUAACACUUCAGUAGGCAUAGAAUUGAUCGCUACGUAAUUGUACGUAAGAAAAUUACUGGUAAAGGAGUACGAGGUCAGAUGCUAUAGAAAUUCUCUUCCCUUUCGACUCAAGAAUUUUAGAUAUAUAUU